AUGAUAUCUUCGUCAUCAACAAUAUCAACAACAAUGGAAGCCGAGGAAACAACCGUUUUAAUGAAAAAUAAGCAUACCACCAUUGCGAUGACAGAAGAUUCAACCGCACUUUCGACUGCAGAAAGUCCUACGACAUUUCCCAUGGUUGAUGAGUAUACAGCGGGAAUUCGCUUAUCAUCAUCAACGACAACCAAAGCCGUCACGUUCAAUAGUGAAAUGGAGUUCCUAGCUCAUGAAACGAGCAACUCAGAUGAAUAA